CCUCCGGAAAAUGAAAAUGACAUUAACCAAGAUGGCGCCGGGCGACAGAGAAAAGUGAUGAGAGAAUAGAACAACAAGCGAUACAACAGUGCGCAUUAAUUUACUCCGUGCGACAAUUUUAAAAGCAGACAUCCAUCUUAUCAUCGGGGAACUGCAAAGCCCACGCUGAGAGGCCGCGCUGGUCCACGGAGAUCUUAAUUGUUCAACUGUUUGCUAGCUGCUAAAGUAGCUAACGUUUCGCUAACUGCGGAAGGAGAGCGAGGAGACCUGGCGGGCGGCUCCAAGAACAAGAAGACAAGUCGAGCCGACUUUUUUUUCUUUUUUCUUUUCUAAUCAAGCGACCUCUCGAUUUUUACACGUCAACUCACCUUGAAGUUAUCGGGUUGAGUUGGUGGGACGGAGCGGGCCAUCCUCACCAGCGUCGGUCAGGACACUCACGUUACACCUCUGACAAGGAAAGCAGUGAGUGAGAGAGAGAGAGAGACGAGGAAAGGCGUCUGACGCCAUGGCCCUUUCACCUCUUCAAAGUGGACUGUCGGGGAUUCAGAAUUUCAGAGCUGAUCCAGAAGAAUUCUUUACAAAGCUGGACCGGAUAGGGAAAGGAUCUUUUGGUGAAGUUUUUAAAGGCAUCGACCGUCGGACACAGAAAGUUGUGGCCAUUAAAACUAUUGAUCUAGAAGAAGCAGAGGAUGACAUAGAAGACAUUCAACAGGAAAUCACAGUUCUCAGCCAGUGUGACAGUCCCUUUAUCACCAAGUAUUAUGGAUCAUACCUAAAGGGGACAAAAUUAUGGAUUAUCAUGGAAUAUUUGGGUGGAGGAUCAGCCCUGGAUUUGUUGGAACCAGGUGCCCUGGAUGAAACGCAGAUUGCCACAAUUCUGAGAGAGAUCCUGAAAGGGCUCGAGUAUCUGCACUCUGAAAAGAAAAUCCACAGAGAUAUCAAAGCUGCCAAUGUGUUGCUGUCAGAACAAGGCGACGUGAAGCUGGCAGACUUUGGAGUGGCGGGCCAGCUCACAGACACCCAGAUAAAAAGGAACACAUUCGUUGGAACGCCUUUCUGGAUGGCACCUGAAGUCAUAAAGCAGUCGGCCUACGAUUCAAAGGCAGACAUCUGGUCAUUGGGAAUAACGGCAAUAGAACUGGCUAAAGGAGAGCCGCCGCACUCUGAGCUUCAUCCUAUGAAGGUCUUAUUCCUCAUCCCAAAGAACAAUCCACCAACACUGGAAGGAAACUACAGUAAACCACUUAAAGAAUUUAUUGAAGCCUGUUUAAAUAAGGAGCCUAGCUUUAGGCCAACUGCCAAAGAGCUGUUGAAACAUAAGUAUAUUGUAAGGCAUGCCAAAAAGACGUCCUAUCUGUCGGAGCUGAUUGACCGAUACAAGAGGUGGAAAUCGGAGCAGUCUCGGGAGGAAUCCAGCUCUGAUGAUUCUGAUGAGGAGACAAAUGGCCAGGCUUCUGGAGGAGAUGAUGCUGCCAAUGAUGACUGGAUCUUUAACACCAUCACCGAGAAGGACCUCAAAAAGUUUCAGAAUGGAGCAGCACAGCUUGCUGAGCUGGAAAGGGAACAGGAGAGUCCAAAGAGGCCUUUGUCACAAAGCUUAUCAACAAUCUUUUCGCCAUUGUUUACUGAGUUGAAAGAAAAGGUCUGUGGAGGAGCUGUGGAGGAGCUGCGGGAGGCUGUGAAGGAGCUGCGGGAGGCCAUUUUCCUGGCAGAAGAAACACACCCAGGGAUCUGUGACUCCCUGGUAGCUGAACUCGUGCAGAGACUUCAGAGGUUUUCUGUGCCACAGACAACUGCCGGUCAUUGAGAGGCGCCACAUCCAGCUUUGCUUUAAUUCUCCACCCUGGUGGCAGCGGUCAGAUCUUUUCCUCUGACCUCCACAGCCGGGAUGAAGUCUCCCAGGAAGGUCUCCGUCACUCAUUUACCUGAAGCAAAUCCUAUAUAAUGUCUGUUUAUACGCUAGCACACCACCCGAGGGUCCUAUUCAGGACGGUCAGUGGCCAGCCACUUAGCUGCAACCAUGACUGCCACCUGCUAUAAAAUGUCCCUUCUCAAUACCUCCCGUUUUUAUUUUGAGUCUGCUGUCUUUCUGCAAGGACUCUUGAGUUAUUGAUUUUGAUGUGUGUAUGGCUUUUUCACAAAGGUUUACACUCUGCAUCCUUUUGGAGAAACUACCUUGCUUAAUUAAUUGUGUGUGUGGCUGUGCGAGAUAUCCUGUGAAAUGUGCAGUGAAGUGACGAGUGGGUUGAAGCAUUCUAUUGAAAACUCAGGUAUCCUGCUUGAAGUGGAUUGGGUUCUCUGGGAGAUGGAAUAGCUCUAUAGGGUGGUUGUACAGACUUGUAAAUAUGCUAAUUUCUACAGAUUCAUGGAAAACAAAUAAUGAAGUGUUUGUAAUGGAACCACUGUGUACAAAUGGCCAAAUGCAAUCUAGAUGAUGGUUGUGAGGUAAAUAUUUCAAGAGACUAAAAUGGCCAUACAUGAGAUUGCCUUGCCUUUCUACUUGUUCUUUUGUAUAUCGGUCUUUGAUUUCUCCAGUUGUUAAACCUUUUCAGUACUCAUCCAGUGAAUGGAAAUGGCUGCCCUCUAUCAUGUUUUACCCUUGAUUUAUUAUACAUUUCUUAAUACUCUUUAACUUUUUGGUUUCACACUCUAUGCUGUGGCUGUAACAAUGUUGGAGAAUGUAAAAAAGAAAAAACCCUCCAGUUUUGAACUGGAUGCUCUGUUGCCAGCUCCCAUUCCACAAGGCCUCCAGUUGUGUUGGUUUGUUGGACUUGGCCUCACCCCGUCUGUUUUGCUGUGAGGUUUUUGACUGGUGAGCUGAACCGAGGUGUCGUCCAUCCAUUCCAUUAACAGGGCAGUGCCAUCUUUUAGUUCAUGAAUCAGUUUCGUUAGUCUUCCUUGGAGCUGCAGUGGUACUAUCCAUCUCCUCAGCUUACCUAUAGCUUUAAUUGCACUUCAAGUAUAAAUGCCUUUUGUCUAUACACAAAGUAGCCAUAAAACAGUAGCACGAGACGUGCAGCAUUUUGCAGGUAUGCUAUCUGGGACAAAAAAAAAGUCCACCUGAAGUCUCUCAGCGUGGACUCUAGUUGGCCACGCUGUGUAAUAUUCGCUUCGGUCGAAUCUUUCCAUUUGGACUUGUGAGCGGUUUUCACUUGUACAGUCCAGACCGACUUCUCACAGCGUAGAUGACACUGCUCUCGGAUGUAGAUAUUAACAUGAAGACAGGCGGCACUGCUUUGACUUCUGACUGCAGUGCAAGGGACUGCAUGAUGGUAUGGCAGCGUAACGCCUGUUGGUGGGCCUGAGCAGUAUGUGUUGUAGCAUACCGGAGCAGGACUGGAGGAAUGUCGAGUCCUGAACAGUUGAAUCAGCCUUAUAUUAUUUGUGAUGAAUGUGAUGAAUAGUAUCGGCUUUAACAUGUUAGAUCCAGUGCUUUUGUUGUGAUUUCUUUUUCUUUUUUUUUUUCUGUGGCAUUAAAAUGCAUAUGCAGCAAUACUUUUUUUUUUAAAGACAAAUGAUACAAGAUCAAACAUAUUUAUUUAAUUCCAUGCCAGUAUGAUGCAUGCAUGAACAAAUGGACAACUUUUUCUUCUUCACAGACGAGAAGGGCUUUUCAUAAUACUUAUGAAGUCAGAUAUUAUUUUUGCUACGGGCAACAUAUGGUACACAGUAAACAAGUUAAAGUGCUGAAAAACACAGAUCUGCUCGCUUUCUCUGGGAGUUGAAUUAGAAGAUCAAUCUUUGGUAAUAUUUCUUACUGAAAUAUGCGGCUCAGCUGGUUAGCUUAGCACAAGCACUGAAACGUUUGGGGAACAGCUAGUCGGUCUCUUUUUUAGAGGGAACCACGUUUGCACACGAGCAUCACCAAGCUUACCAAUGAACACUUUAUAGUGGUGGGUUUAUUUAGUACAGUAUCUCACAGGAGGUUUCUUGGCUUGAACCAGUUGAGUCAAUUCAACAAAACAAAUGCACGUUUCACUGCUAGCUGUAGCGUCAUAUUUCCAGUUAAGGCGAGAAAGUGGUAUCCAUCCUCUUUAACUCCGCAGGAAAGCCAAUGAGCAUAUUUCCCAUUAUGUAAAAUUCUUUCUGACUGAUCAUUUACAUACACAGAAAAUGUCCUCUUUCUUUACUGCUUGCUAAUUGUGGCGAAAUACAAAGUUGAAUGAGUAAAAGUCGAGUGUAUUGUUCAAAGUAGAACCCGGUUGACCAAAUCAAAAGAAGGUACCCGACUCUAUGAUUUCCAUUUUCAAUCUGUUUGCCCUUGUGUGUGUUCUGCUCUUCUGUGAAAUAUUACUCUGCUCGUCAUUCAAACUUGUGAAAUGUGCCAUGCCCCUCCAUCGCAAACUGAGACGCAUUCCAUUCAAUUUGCACCUUUUGACAUGGUCUGUUAUGAUUAUAUUUUUUUUUAUGUAUUGCACUUUGCAGAUUUAUUGAGUUUUUUUAUUUUUAUGGUGGUUUAAAAGGCUGUGUCGCAACUACACCAGUUUUAUUUCCUUCCCCCAUCCCUUUGUGUUGUAUGGCAAUAAAGCAGUGUGAUCGCCAAGAGUCAAUCCUUAGCACAAGUAGGCAUAUAUUCUAUUAAACUAUUUUUAUAACCCAAAAGAGCAGUAUUGUGUAAUAGAGGGAGUACAGUUUGGUUCUGUGAUGUGUAAAAGUUUCAGUAAACACUGGAUAGCAAUCACUUGAAAUGUGCGUUUCAUUUUGUGUGACUUUGCUGACAGUUUAUAGUCCAGUGUACAUGUUUGCUAACGCAGGACAGUGCUGUGGGAUUUACUGAAAGUUGUCAAAUGAUUUAAGGAACAAAUAAAAAUCCAGUACAAUUUGAUGAAUCA